AUGAAUUAUUAGGACCCAACUAUUUUAGCUUUAAAAUAAUAGAAUGUAGAACAAUAGAGAUAAAUAGAGUAAUUAAUGGGCAGAGUUAAUAUGCUUAUUAAAUAAUAAUAAUUAUAGAAACCUCCAAAUAAAAAAUUAGAAAUUGUUUAUAAGAAGAAAAAACUACAUGACGAUAUAGUAGAAGAUGUAAAUUAAACAUUAAAAAUUUAUUAAAGCUAAAAUCAGCUAAAGAGUCUCUUUAUGAUCCAUAAAGUGAAUAUAGAAAAAAAUAAGAUAAUUAAGUAAGGAGAUAUCAACUUAAUGUUGCAAUUAAAUCAGCCAAAGCCUAAGUAGAAAAAGAACGAGAGUAACAAGCUCAAUAAAUGAAGAAAAUCAGUAGUCUUCAUUAAAAAUCUAUUGAGGAAUAAAAACAAUAGAUUUAUUAAGAAAAAAGAACAAAUAGAAACAAAGUCUAAUUAAAUGAAUUUUAAUCUAAAUAUAAUUAUUAAGUAUAUUGGGAUGAAAGAGUAAGAAAAUUUGAAGAAGAAUAAAAAAAAGUUAAACAUCAGUUAUCAAAAUCUAUGAUGGAUUAAGAAAAUUUAAUGAAUUAUUUAGAAUAGCAAGAAACAUUAUUAUUAGGAAGAUUAUAACAGAGUAAAUCAUCUUAAUAAUUCUUAUAAUAAAAAUUAGAAGAUGCUUCUAGAUUAAAAACUAAAGAAUUUGAAUAAAAAUAUGGAAAACCCAAAGAAUCAAAGUUUUAACAUAUACUGGAUAUUAAGGCAAAAUAAUGA